AUGUGCCGCCUGCAUCGCUCAGUUUCGCCACGUCCUCGACAUGUUCAUUACGACGGGAAAGAGCAACACUUCGGUUGUCUACGUCAACUCGUCGAGCAGAUAUCUCCUCCUGCCCAUUGUUUCAGGCCUGGAAUGCGAGCAAUUUAUCCACUUCAAGAGUGUAAAUUCCAUCAGACUUCUGGGUCCAUAUACCAUAAUUGCCGCCUUCUUUACAGCUCUCUUCGUCAUGAUCGGCCUCGGCUUGUUGACGCAUUUCCUGCGCUUUCGGAUCAUCCGGAGGAAAGUAAGUGUAUGCCUUCGCAACCGCCACUUGGGCCAUUUGAUAUCGCUUUCCGGUACCUUCAGAAUGGCCGUCAAGGCUUCUCCAAGUCGACAGCCUUGACCGCCAGAGUUGCUCUUUGCGAGGAGCAACUGAAAUGCUCGGCAAUUUGUCUGCUUUUAGGUCCGCUUUCGCCUGACAGGCCUUCGCGGGGGCUGCAAGCGAAAUCCGAUCGUCGAAGAGUGACCAAGUCCCGAUGA